UGUAACAAAUAGUCAGUAAAGUCAGGAAACUUACAGAGUAGGAGGAGGUCCCAAAUGGGUUCUCCCCUCCCCAUUUGGACUAUUUUCCACUCCUUUUUUAUUUCUUGUAGAGAAGGAAGAAUGGGAGUCAUUUGCUCUCUUGCCAUCAGUGCCUCUAGAAUCAAGCAGCAUUGAGAGGAAUUCUUCACAAAGCUUUUUCAAGGAUCUUUUGUUAGAUUCUUCAUUUGGAAGGCGACAUGUCAACCAAAGUACCAAACAUUAAACUGAAAAUUGAUCCUCAGGACCUGCAGAUCCAGACUUUCACUGUAGAGAAAUUACUGGAACCACUUAUAAUUCAGGUUACAACAUUAGUGAAAUGUCCACAGAAUCCUUCUGGUAAGAAAAAGGGACGUUCAAAAAGAGCUCGUGUCUUGUUAGCUUCUGUGGAAGAAGCCACUUGGAAUCUAUUGGACAAAGGGGAAAAAAUUGCCAAGGAAGCAACCGUCUUAAAGGAGGAACUUCAUGCAGCAUUGGCUGAUGUUCAGAAAGAAAGUCAAGCUCUAAAGAUAUCAGCAGAGGCUUUUACCAGUGAUCCCUGCUAUUUGCCUAAGAGGCAGGCAGUUGUCCAAACAGCACGAUCUCUCCUUACAGCUGUUACACGGCUUCUUAUUCUGGCAGAUAUGGUUGAUGUGGCAUACUUACUGGAACAUUUAACUGUGUUUCAAAGAACUUUCGAAACAUUAAGAAAUGUAUCCAGUAGAUCUGAUCUACAAAAUACCUACCAGAAGUUUCAAAAGGAUCUGGAAAACCUAGAUUAUUUGGCAUACAAACGUCAGCAGGAUUUGAAAUCUAGUGAUCAGCGAGAUGAAAUUGCUGCAGCACGUGCAACCCUGAAAGAAAAUUCUUCUCUUCUUCAUUCAAUAUGUUCAGCUUGUUUGGAACAUUCAGAUGUUGCAUCCCUUACAGCCAGCAAGGAUUCAAUUUGUAAUGAAAUACAAAAUGCCCUCAAUGUGAUUUCUAAUGCUUCCCAAGGAGUUGGGAAUAAAAAGGGACAACCUGCAUCUUACAGAGCUACUCUAGGAAGUGCACUUGAUGAGCUUGAGCAUUUGAUCAUCCAGGACCCUCUUUUAGUGAGUGAAGACAAAAUAAGGCCAUCGCUAGAGAAACGUUUGGAAGCUAUUAUCAGUGGAGCAGCUUUGCUAGCUGAUUCUUCCUGCACACGUGAUUUCCAUCGAGAGCGCAUCAUUGCUGAGUGCAACGCUAUCCGUCAAGCUCUCCAAGACCUGCUUUCUGAGUACAUAAACAAUACUGACAGGAAAGAAAGAAGUGAUGCUUUGAAUACUGCAAUAGACAGCAUGUGCAAGAAGACGAGAGAUCUUCGCAGACAGCUUCGUAAAGCCAUUAUAGAUCACAUCUCAGACUCCUUCUUAGAUACCACUGUUCCGCUUCUAGUUCUCAUUGAAGCUGCUAAAAAUGGAAGAGAAAAAGAAAUAAAAGAAUAUGCUGCUAUAUUUCGAGAACAUACCAGCAGACUUGUGGAGGUUGCUAAUCUUGCUUGUUCGUUGUCAACAAAUGAAGACGGAAUGAAAAUUGUCCAAAUGGCAGCUAAUCACAUAGAGACUUUGUGCCCACAGGUUAUUAAUGCAGCUUUAGCUCUUUCUGCAAGACCAAAAAGUCAAGUUGUAAAAAACAACAUGGAGAUGUAUAGGAGCAUAUGGGAGAAUCAUAUCCAUGUUCUUACUGAAGCUGUGGAUGACAUAACAAGUAUUGAUGAUUUCCUUGCUGUAUCAGAAAGCCAUAUUCUUGAGGACGUAAACAAGUGUAUCAUUGCAUUGAGAGAGCAAAAUGCUGAUGACUUAGAUCGUGCAGCAGGUGCGAUCCGGGGGCGUGCUUCAAGAGUAGCCCAUAUUGUUUCGGGUGAGAUGGACAAUUAUGAGCCAGGGGCUUACACUGAAAGAGUGAUGAAGAAUGUUCAGUAUUUAACCAAGAGUGUGAUCCCGGAGUUCAUUAGUCAAGUAAAUAUUGCACUGGAGAGCUUAAGCAAGAAUACAGUACAUCUAUUUGAUGAUAACCAAUUUGUGGAUGUUUCUAAGAAGGUUUAUGAUACUAUUCACAACAUCAGAUGCUCAGUCAUGAUGAUUCGGACACCUGAAGAGCUUGAAGAUGUAUCUGACCUUGAAGAAGACCAUGAUGCACGUAGUCGCACAAGUAUUCAGACAGAAGGGAAGACUGACAGGGCCAAGAUGACUCAACUGCCAGAGGCUGAAAAAGAAAAGAUAGCUGAGCAAGUGGCUGACUUCAAAAAAGUCAAGAGUAAGCUUGAUGCAGAGAUUGAAAUAUGGGAUGAUACCAGCAAUGACAUAAUCGUUUUGGCCAAGAGAAUGUGUGUGAUUAUGAUGGAGAUGACUGACUUUACAAGGGGUAGAGGACCAUUGAAGAACACAUCUGAUGUAAUUAAUGCUGCAAAAAUGAUUUCAGAGUCAGGAUCGAGGAUGGAUGUCCUGGCACGGUUGAUUGCCAAUCAGUGUCCAGACCAGUCAUGUAAACAGGAUUUGUUGGCUUACCUAGAACAGAUCAAGCUGUACUCCCAUCAGCUCAAAAUCUGCAGUCAAGUUAAAGCAGAAAUCCAGAAUCUAGGUGGAGAGCUCAUCAUGUCUGCUUUGGAUAGUGUCACCUCACUAAUUCAGGCUGCCAAAAAUUUAAUGAACGCUGUGGUGCAGACAGUGAAGAUGUCCUACAUUGCAUCCACAAAGAUUAUCAAGAUCCAGAGUCCUACUGGCCCACGACAUCCUGUUGUGAUGUGGAGAAUGAAAGCUCCAGAGAAGAAGCCCCUAAUUAAAAGAGAGAAGCCAGAAGAAAUCUAUGCUGCUGUCAGAAAAGGUUCUGCAAAGAAGAGAAUCCAUCCUGUUCAAGUCAUGAGUGAAUUCAGAGGCAGAGAAAUAGUCUAAUGUUCUGUCACUUUUUAUGCUCCUCUCUUAAAAUUCUGAUGAUUUUUCACUUUUCCCCCUACUUAUUUAAUAACCGUAUGUUAGUGUUUUGCUUUUCUAUAAAUCUGUAACUUCACAUUUGCUUAAAUUACUUGAAAAUGACAUUGGAUUAUUUAACUGCACAGAGAUGAAAAGUACUCGUUUUGCAGUGUCAAACUAUCAUGCCUUCAUACUGACAGGUUUCAGCAGAGCACUUCUGAGCAAUACGCCAUGGCACUGUGUCACAGGCAGUGAAAAGCAGAAUGCAGGAUGUCAAACUGUGCCCCACCUCCUUCUGCAUUUGCUAGUCAAGUGUUCCUUCACCGCUGAUACUAAACUGCAUGUAGUUUAGGACAUACAGGAUUUUUAAGCACUGUGUUUGUUGCUACAGAUACUUAAUCGGGAUCAUUGCACUGAUCAAAACAGCUGGACUGCCUGAUGCUAGCUGAGGGUCUGGGCUCUUAGCUUUAAUCUAGAUUGAAAGAUCUGAAAAUCAACCACCUCCAAGGCCUAUCAAAAUAGGGAUGGAUAUCUAAGUUUGAAAAUUUUUUAUGAAACAGUGUUAUAACAACAUGGAUCUAAGAAUGUAAUAAAAAAACACAGUGACUGCUCUAUAGAAAUAAUAGCUCUUUAAAAGGCUUUAAUUAAUGGGUGUUCUGCUUCCUAGUGUACUCGCAAGCCCUACAACAUCCCACCGAUAAGACUAUUCUAGUAACAAUAGACAAUUUUCUAAUCACAGAGCAAAAGAACAAAUAUGGAAUAGAUCAUUAUUCUGAUAUUGGUGUGUAAAAAAUUACAUGUGCAUCUUGAAUCCGGACCAUGUAAUGACUUUGCUUAUGACAGUUUUAUCUGAAAGGCAGGGCUGUUCUGUCUAGCAACUUGUUAAAUGACUAUGUUAUAUUUCAACAUAUGUAACAAAGUGCUUUUAGUCUGUGUUUACCACCAGGCCUCUAUAUAGUACCUUUGAAAAUAAUGGUUUUUCUAGAUCUGUUUCAAUCCAAAAUCCACUUGGAUUGAUUUUUUUAAAAGAAGCAAACUUGUCUUGCCUGCCCUGUCUCUGUUCUCCCAGACUUCACUCCUUACUCGUCUUUUCUUUGCAAGUAGAUCCCUUUUUUUGCUAUGACUUUUGUAUUAUCUCAGGAAAAAGGGCUCUAUCAAAUGCCAGAGCAUCAACCAUUCAGGGCAGUACAGCAUCAUAGUUUCUCGGUUGUUGAUUAACAAACCCCAACAAAACCUGUAGUGAUCAUUCAUUAGAGAUUUUAAACAACGGGAUUCCACUUUCACCAAAAUUACAUUUUGUCAAAUAGAAUAAAAUUAAGGAAGGAAUUUGGAAAAAAAAAAAAAAAACAACAAA